AACUUUCAUCCGCAUCAAAUACAUCGCAAUCGAAAUGUUGUCGUGGAAGAAUCUUUCACUAGUCGUCGCCGCUGUAGUGGCUAUGAACGGCGUCGCCGCUCUUGAGCAGGGCAACCCGGCGAACGUUCCCCAGAUCAACGUCACCCCGUCAGAUUCGCCUGUGCAGUCACAGACGCUAGUUCCUGCCUCGACGACUGCGGCACCAGCUACGUCUGAUGGCGGAUCGUACUCGUAUGACAGCACGGGCUCUUCCGUAGCGGGGUCUUCGGCGAUCGAUGAAGGCAACGACUCCAAGUCGAACGGAGCGUUCACUAUUCCCCCUUCCACUGGAUCUGGCAGUGCGUUUAACCCCAAGAGCCCACCUCCAUCGGCCGGCAGCCUUCCAACCGGCAGCGGUCUCGACAUUGGUGGCGGUUCCUCUCCGAAUGACAAGGGAGGUGUCCCCAGUUUGAGCAGCUCAGGAAGUAGCCCCGCUGGCUCGACGGGUCCGAAUGAAGGCGGUGACUACAUUACGAACGACACCGGCAGUGACGUCGAGGGAUCAAGCUCUAUCGACGAGAGCAGCGGAUCAACGUCGGUAGACCAGGGCGAAGUCACUUUUCCUUCUACGAGUGGAUCCAGCAGCGAGAUUGCCGGGUCAAGCUCCACUGAUGAAAGCAGUGGUUCUGCUUCGAACGGCAAGGGCGACGGCAUCCCGCGAAGCGGAGACGGCAGCGGAACUCAGAGCUCGACUGGCCUGGACGAGAGUAGCACCUCGGGCUCUGUACCAUGUGAUGGCUCAUUCUCGCUUGCGGGUGGUUCUGCUACCGGUAGUCAAGUUGACAGCUCGUCCGAUACCGACCAGAGCAGCACCUCCUAUGAUAAGCCGAUUGGUUCAGAGUCUGGUAGUCAAGUCAGCGGAUCUACCGGUCUUGAUGAAGGCAGCAGCUCGUCUCCGUUCGACAGCCCCACACAAACGGGCGAGGAGACUGGCAGCCAGGUCGAGGGUUCUUCCAACAUCGACCAAGGCAGCAAUGGCAACAGUCCCAACCAGUCUAAUGAUUCGACGGUUAGCGAAAGCAACGGCUCGGUCAAUUCGCCGUCAUUGAAGGAUCAAAGCCAGACGAACGGCAGCAAGGUAGCAGGAUCCUCUGCUUCCGAGCCGACGUUCCCGAGCAAAAACACGAGCUGCAAGCGCCGUCUUCGUCAGUAAGUUUUUGUGUUUGUCAGUCCAAAAUAUUUGUACAUGUAUCCUAGUGCCGCCACGUGAUCUUACCUAGCGCUCAACCAACAAGAACAUAUCUUAACAAAACGU